GGCGCGCAGAGCACGGGGUUUUUAAGAUCUUACCGUACCCAGUUCAUAGUUUGCCCUCCUCUCAACUCUCAAGGUACACCCCUAGCUGCUCAGUAUCUCCAUUUUUCCAUAGGACUUUCUCUCUCCGGGUUUUCAUCGACACAUGGCCUCGCAGAAGAAGGAAUCUGAGGGCAUUGCAUUGCUUUCAAUAUAUGGCGACGAGGACGACGAGAUGGAUGAUUAUCAAAAGGAAGAAUUUGACAAGGAUGAGAAUCCGAUUCAGAGCGACGUCGUUUUCACACCGGAAAACGACCUUUGCGGUGACGACAAUAGCAGAUGUGCGGCCUUGGGUUCAGUUAGGAGUUCAACCCCAUCCCCUUUAGUACAGCAGCCUCGGGAGUUGGGAACUGACCAUCUCACACCUAAUAAGGUGUCGAAUUUUGGGGGUUCUGCGAUAACUACACCCCAACUCACGGUUUCAUCCCCGUCUCUAUCUCAGCCGCAGUGGAAGCAAUUGAGUGUUGUUUCUGAGAAGGUUGUGAGUAGAAGUAGGCUUACUAUAGUGGAUUACGCCCACGAUGAGGUCGCUAUGUCUCCUGAAGCUGAGGAAGGAGAAAUCAUGAUCAGUGGUCGAGCACAUGAUGUUGAGGAACUUCAAACGGUUCUGUCUGAAUCACAAGUUGAAAAUCCACUGGGCUCUCUUCAGGGCCAUACACCCAUUAUUCAAACAGUACCUCAUCAAUCAUUAGAGGCAAGUGCUGAUGACACAAAUGCUUUGAGUUCUGGAGAUGUUAAUAUGGUUCCUGCACGAGAAAAAGAGGAAGACCUACUGGAAAAUUUUCUUCCACCCCCUCCAAAAGCAAAGUGCUCAGAUGAAUUACAACAAAAGAUUAAUAGGUUUCUAGAAUUAAAGAAAACUACUGGAAGAAGCUUUAAUGCAGAAGUGCGGAAUAGAAAGGAGUAUAGAAAUCCUGAUUUCCUGCGGCAUGCAGUGCAAUAUCAAGGCAUUGAUGAGAUAGGAACCUGCUUCAGUAAAGAUGUAUUCGACCCACAUGGAUAUGACAGUUGUGACUUUUAUGAUGAAAUUGAGGCUGAUAUCAGGCGCGGAAUGGAGAGGAAGGAGCAAGAAAGGAGGAAUAGUCCAAAAGUUGACUUCAUCUCUGGAGGAACACAGCCUGGGACAGUUACUAUGGGGAAACCCAAUCUGCCACUCCCAGGUACUGGAUUUAAUGCAGCACCAACAUCUGUUGAUGUUAUAGCUCGGGACAGCCGACACAACAAAAAGUCAAAAUGGGAUAAGGUGGAUGUUGAUCGUAGAGAUACAUUAUCAGCUGUUGGCGCACAUGCAGCUUUGCUAUCUGCUGGUAGCGGAUAUGCUGCUUUUGCGACUUCACUUGUAAAAGUACACCAUUGAUAAAUUUCACUGAAGUUUAUCAUUCAAAAUAUUGCAAAGUUCAACAUAUUUGAGGUCCGAAGUCAAAUGUGGCCUACUAAAGCAGGACAGAGUGGGUACAAUGAUUAUUGAUUAAUAAAUAGUACGAAAGGCAGAAGUGUCACGGGCCCGUGGAGCUUCUUCCUCGAUUACUCUAGUUGUAUAGAUUAUUUAGAACUACUACUAGCAUUGGACUGACCUCUUGUAUAUACUUGUCCAUACAUCUACCAAGUGGUACAACUUUUACACCAAUCAUACUUCUUGCUAUCAUUCUUCAAGUUUGUUAGAUAUCCUAGGAAUUUAGGAAUGAAUUGCUGCUGUAAAUUAUCUUGAUAGGAGAUUGUUCCCCGCAGACAUUGUAAAUAUAAAUUAUAUAAUUGCCUACAAUGUGGGUAUCAAGUGGAUGGAUAGAUCGGAC